UAAAGAAAUCUGCCAGGCUACAGAGAUUAUUAUGUGCCCUAUAUGUGAUAAAUAUUGUCCCUUCAUGAGGUUGUCAGAUAGCUGCAUUUAUGCCAAGGUAUCACAUCUUUUUGACAAUGGAGCAACUGUUUUUUUUGCUGUUUUCAUGGCAGUAUGGGCCACUGUUUUUUUGGAAUUUUGGAAAAGAAGACGAGCAGUAAUUGCUUAUGACUGGGACUUAAUUGACUGGGAGGAAGAGGAGGAAGAAAUACGCCCCCAGUUUGAAGCCAAGUACUCCAAGAAAGAGAGAAUGAAUCCUAUAUCCGGAAAACCAGAGCCUUAUCAAGCAUUUGCAGAUAAAUGCAGCAGAAUGAUUGUUUCUGCAUCUGGAAUAUUUUUUAUGAUUUGUGUAGUGAUCGCCGCUGUUUUUGGCAUUGUUAUUUAUCGUGUUGUGACUGUCAGCACUUUUGCUGCCUUUAAAUGGGCUUUAAUCAAGAAUAACUCUCAGGUUGCAACAACUGGGACUGCAGUAUGCAUCAACUUUUGCAUCAUCAUGCUGCUGAAUGUUUUGCAUGAAAAGGUUGCUCUUUUUCUGACAAAUUUAGAGCAGCCUCGUACUGAAUCUGAGUGGGAAAACAGCUUCACUUUGAAAAUGUUUCUUUUUCAGUUUGUUAAUCUGAACAGUUCUACCUUUUAUAUAGCAUUUUUCCUUGGAAGGUUUACAGGUCACCCUGGUGCCUACCUCAGGCUGAUAAACAGAUGGAGACUAGAAGAAUGCCACCCUAGUGGAUGCCUUAUUGAUCUCUGUAUGCAGAUGGGUAUUAUAAUGGUGCUAAAGCAGACUUGGAGCAACUUCAUGGAAUUAGGCUACCCGAUAAUUCAGAACUGGUGGACCAGACGAAGACUGCGACAAGAGUAUGGUUCACAGCAAAAAACAACUUUACCACAAUGGGAAAAAGACUACAACUUGCUGCCUUUGAAUGCCUAUGGACUCUUUGAUGAAUACCUCGAAAUGAUCCUCCAGUUUGGAUUCACAACCAUAUUUGUAGCAGCUUUUCCACUUGCUCCACUUCUGGCUUUAUUGAACAAUAUCAUUGAAAUACGCGUUGAUGCAUACAAAUUUGUCACCCAGUGGAGACGGCCAUUAGCUUCCAAAGCAAAAGAUAUUGGAAUCUGGUAUGGAAUUCUUGAAGGCAUUGGAAUUCUUUCUGUCAUCACAAAUGCGUUUGUUAUUGCUGUGACUUCAGAUUUCAUCCCACGGCUUGUUUAUGCUUACAAAUAUGGACCAUGUGCAGGUCAAGGAGAGGCCGGACAAAAGUGUAUGGUUGGCUAUCUUAAUGCAAGUUUAUCACUAUUUCUGGUGUCUGAUUUUGAACAUCGUUCAGAGGCAUCAUCAAAUGGAAGUGAGUUUUCUGAUGCAUCUUUAAAAUAUUGCAGGUACAGAGACUAUCGUGAUCCCCCUCAUUCUCCAGUGCCCUAUGGUUACACACUACAGUUCUGGCAUGUCUUAGCUGCACGGUUAGCAUUUAUUAUUGUUUUUGAGCACCUUGUGUUUUGCAUAAAACACUUGAUUUCCUAUUUAAUCCCAGAUCUUCCUAAAGAUCUAAGGGAUCGUAUGAGAAGAGAAAAAUAUCUGAUUCAGGAAAUGAUGUAUGAAGCCGAACUUGAGCGCCUCCAGAAAGAACAAAAGGAGAAGAAGAAAAAUGGAAAAUCUUACCACAAGGAAUGGCCAUAACUAAUGGAGUGAGCGUUUCUAAAUACAGGUGUAAAGUAAAUUCUCAAUUAGACUGUAAUUUUUCAAAUAAAUCAAAGUUCAGAUGAGUAUUUUAUGAGGACAUUGAAUAGGGGUACCGAACACAAAUCAGUAACCUGCAUGUUUUCCACAGUUAGUGUAUUUUCAUUAAAGGAUACAGUAUAACAUACUUACAUCCAGCUAUGGAUAGGUUUUAGCAAUAUAUUUUUCAGAGCUGUGCAAAGCAUCCAUAGAAGGCAGUUGAUGUUCCUUGAAGCAUUAAAGUGGCUCUAUUCUGCAAAAGGAUAAGCAUACUAAAGGUAAUCCUUUUUUUAAAAAAGAGAAUGCCUCAUUUAGCAACUAUCCAAAGUUAUAAUGGAAAAAGUAACUUUAUAAACAAUCAUUGCAUUUGCAGGUCUGUAAAGUACAGGAAUGCUGAAAUAUAAGCAACGUUGUAGUUUAACUUACCAAUUGCUUUGCGCUUAACUACCAAUUGGUUGGUGCCAAUUGUGAUUACUAAACAAGAGGUACCUGUACUUUGAAGACUUUUUACUGGCUGCCUGUCCACCAUGUGUGCAUGCCCAGGCCACACUUCUGCUGGAAAUGCAGGAACACACACAGGUAGCCAUUUCUUCUAGAGGAAGUGGAUUCUUUAAUAUUUCAAGAAUGUAUUUUCACCAACAUUACUUCAUGUGGCUCCAGGAUAAUUUAUAGAUAUUAGCAUUUCUCUUCUCUUUCUUUGACAUAUAGACUGCUCAAAAAAAUAAAGGGAACACAAAAAUAAGACAUCCUAGAUC